AUGGAGAUUGACCCUCAGGAUCGCGGAAGAUGCUCCUCAGAAUCAAUCUCCACAGACCCCAUAUUUGGGAAGAUAUAUCAGGAGGGAAAGAAAGAAGGAGCGAAAAGGCCUGCAGACCAAGGAGAAGCAGCUAAGGCGGCUCUCAUAAAGGAAGGCCGAGAGCGAGGAAGGAGGUUUUCGGGCCCGGAGAAAGCGACCUUGGCGCCACAACAGACCGGAGGAAACCAAACCAGGCCAGGCCGCCCCCCGCUUUCGCUCACCUUGGCCUCAGGCGCGGAGGAGGGCCUCUCGACGUCCCCUCAGGCCGCCGGAAAUCUGGCUGGGCUGCCUGCGCACGGUACGUUACGUUACGUUACGUACAAGCGCUUCCCUUUCCUGAAGGGCGCCUUAGCGACGGCGCACACAAACCCCGCCCUCCCGUCACCGGAAGCGAGUGCUCUCGUGAGAGGUGGCCGAAAGGAGACAAGAUAUGAGAGAGAGAGAGAGAGAGAGAGCGAGAUCUCGCGCCGUCACGUGGUCUGCGUUUGUAUACAAGAGUGCGUGCUUCCUUGGAUUCCCCUUCUAAACCAUAAAGAUCUUGCUUGCCUGCCACUGCCCAAAGAAUUGAAUAGAGCAAAGCUGGGAAAGAUUGGACACCCAUAUAUCAUCUCAUACAGGAUCAAGCUAUGGAUGCCCAUUAUUGUCUUAUUCAUGAUCACUGGGUUUCAAAGAGUGGUGCAAUGGGUUAAACCCUUGUGCCGUCUGAACUGCUGACCUAAAAGUUCAAAUCCACAAGACGGGGUGAGUUCUCGCCUGCCAGCUCUAGCUUCCAAUGCGAGGACAUGAGAGAUGUCUGCAGGAUGGUAACACAUCCGGGCGUCCCCUGGGCAACAUCUUUGAAGAUGGCCAAUUCUCUCACACCAGAAGUGACUUGCCUCAAUUUGCUUCUGACACGAAAAAAAACCAGGGUUCAGCAGCUGUACCAGCACCCUGGGAGGAUUGCCACCGAAGCCACUCCAUGAACUGGGAGGUUCUAUGAACUGAUAGACUGGUCUAUGGAGACAUCCACGCCCAAUCUAUUGACCUUGGCAGCAGGAGUAAUAAAGCUACUUAAUUGUAAAAUUGUUUUGUUUCUUUCAUAGUAUGUGUUUCCCCUUUCUCUUUAAUACACUUGUUAUGGCGCAAGUGGCGCCAUCUAUAUCUGGAACUGUAAGUUGCAAGAUUUGAAUUGUUGUAUCAUGCCCGAUUUUGCCUUUUUACCCUGUAAAUGUAGUUGGAUUGAUUGGUUAUUUAUAGCUGUCAAUCAAUGUUGUUUGCACCAGUUAUAUUGCUCCCUCAGCUCAAUUGUUUGUCUCCACCUUUUCCUGGAGUAGGACAGUGUUUCCUUUUUCAUUCCACCAUCAAGCUUUCUAUCAGAUGGACGUGAGAGAGAGACUUGGCUCUAAAAGCCCUUGAUUAAGUUACCUCUCAGCACCAAUUUUGAGGUUCUUACCCUUGAGAUUUAUGCUUCAUGUUCAGACCAAUCUGGACGACGUUGAGAAGUCUCAAGCGCCUUCAAAUCGGUUCUUUGGCACCAGAGGAAGGCUCUGUGUCUUCAAACAUAGACCAUUUGGACUGGGGUUGAGGAUUGCUUCGUCAUUCUCAGCCAUUGAGAAAGAGGGACCUGGAAAAGCUUCUCAGCUGCAAAGCUCCUUGGGCCCAAGACAACCAGAGACUGUAAUGUAUAUUUUCCUUUACCCCUUUGAAACUUACAGCUUAUUGCCUUAAGGGGAAUAACCUUUUGUAAACAAUAAAACCAGUUUUGUGUUA